AUGUUCGUGCUUCGUUACAUUCUGCCUGUUGCGGCAUAUUGUGCUGCAUCUCUUGUCGAAUUUGACGACGACCUUGCUAUAGCCCUCAAAACUGCUCCCGUAGACCUAGAUAAAUUCCUGCUGCUCAAGGAUGCGAAACAGCCCUGGACUUUUGACUUCAGGGCUCAGGCAAACUACACAUUUAGUCCGGGAUCUGUGAAAGCUGCCAAUGCCUACACAAGCCCACUAAUGUAUGGCACAGGAAUGACCAUGCAGCUCAUUUCACUUGGUCCAUGUGGCAUUCUGCCGCCGCACGAACAUCCGAGGGCAGACAACAUCGCCAUAGCCAUACAUGGGACCACUCAGACUUGGAUGUACAAUGAAAACGGGGCGGAAUUGAUUUCGACAAUCCUUACACCGGGUGUUAUGACAGUUUUCCCGAAAGGGUCUGUACAUAGCAUGAUGAACAUGGGUUGCUCAAAUGCGCAAUUGGUGUCGGUGUUGAACAACGAAGACCCGGGUACCCUAAAUAUAUUGAACGCUGCUACCCAUUUCCCUGACGGUCUGAUCGGUUCUCUCUUCCAAGGCGGACUAUCCAAGCAGGUCUGGAAUAGGCUUGAGCAGACGCUGCAGCCAGUUGGCACUGGAUCGCAAUGGGGCACUGAGGCCUGUUACAAAGCAUGUGGCGUGCCUUAUAAGCACAACGAAGAUAACUUCACAUUUGAUGACUCCGCCAAUAUUUGGGACGGUGGAAAUGGGACCCGUUCUGGCUAUUACGAUGCUGGGACAGGCAAGCAAAAGCUAGAUAAUGCCGUUCCAUACUACGAUGAUGAUGAUGAUGAUGAUGAUGUGGCACCAAGGCAGGCAUAAAGCUCAUGUCGUUACCCAAUGGUGGAUUCCAUGGGGUCAGACGCGAGCAAGACAACAAGAAUUCCCGCACUGCAUGCAUGAAGAAAAAUUCGGAAGUUAUUGAGAAAGUUGUUUGCAUU